UCGUCUCUCCUCCCUGCACCCCGCAGCUCACCGCCUCUCAAACGGACCACAAUAAAUACCCUCAAAUCUCCAUCUCCACCAACAAAUUAAACAAACAACGUAAGACGACAUGAUCGCGCUAAAUCUCCCCGAGACAGUUCUGCAAGUCCUGGACAGAAUGUACUACGAUAAUCACAAGCCUCAUCGUCUGCAAUCUCAGUCCCGCAGAACGCCUGCUGCGGCAGACAGAUUUCCUCGGAUUCAGACGAAGGAGAAGAGCAAGAAGAAGAAGAAGAAGAAUGGUUCGGGACAGACGCGGAGGAGGUCGUGUGAAAUGGCGGAGCCGCCGAAGACUUCGUGCAGCUCGUCGUCCUGUAACUAUUAUUAUUACUCCUCCAACUCGCACUACAGCGAAGCCGUGGCGGAUUGCAUCGAUUUCUUCAACAAGUCCUCCUCCUCCUCCUCGCACCAUGUUAACUCCGGCGCCGCUGCAAAGUAACUCAACUGACCAGGUGUACGUGUAUAUACUGUGCUGGAAUAAUGACUGGCGUCAUCAUCGAUCCCAUGAUUAUUUCAUCAAUCAUCCAAUCUGCUUUCUCGUUCUUCAUAUAUAUAUAUAUGUAUGUUUGUGUGUUAAUGGUUUGAUUUGUGUAUGCAUUUUUAUC